AUCGAUAAAGAUAUCUCGCACGUGCGCGAGAAAGAGCACCGCCAAGAAAAUUAUUACCUGAAAAAAAUUCUCCUCGAUAUCGGAGAAAACUUUCUUCUACCUUCGAUUUACACGCAGAAAUUCUUAUAAACCUCACUUUUGACGAGUCAAUCAAUCUCAAUCGAAGCUGCACCGUCUACUUUUGAGGUGAACGAAAUGCAACUGUUAUAAUGCAAAGUGCGUUCGCGGUUAAAUUGUUCGCUUGCAGAGCUCACCUGGUCCCGUCGUCGAUCCUCACGUCGUUUCGCAGCAAACACGUGCAUUCGAAACGCGUGUUGAGGAUGAACGAGGCGUUCCUCCGCUACGAGAAGGGUAGCGAGGUGUUUGACAUCUCGUUUCGUUACGUGAACGAGACGAUGAGGGUCGACCGCCAGUUCAACUUCUCCAGGCAGAUCACGGAGAACGUCGGCAACUUCCUCAAGAGAGUCGACACAAACGUUUGCAAGAUCAUAAACAAAAAGGUGGAGAGAAAAAGGAAGAAAGAUGCCACUUUAGAGACAUGUUUUGUGCCAACUGACAAUGUGGAUAAUGGAAAGAUCAUGCUUCUGAAGGAUGAUAUCAAAAUCGAUGGCGAUGUAUUAUGCGAGAGCCUUUUACAGGAUACCUCAGAACUUAAACUAGUCAUUUUUGAGAAGACGUUCUUAGUGAAACGAAAUGCGCCUUAUAUCAUCAAUAUUUCAUUGCCAUCAAGCGUACUAGUUGGUUUUCCAACUUAUCCAUCUAAAUUUGAGUCAUUGUACACUGAUAAGAAACGAUCGAUCUUUAAUUGGUACAAAAACGACGCUGUUAACAACAAACCAAAUUCAUGGACACACGUAGCAACUGGAUAUCUGUAUAUACCACACGUAUCUGACAUUGGUUGCAAUUUAAAGAUCAGCUGCGAACCGCGAAACGAAUCGGAUUCCGGUUGUAAUAUGGAAGUGCAAUCGAAGAAUGUCGUGGAGGCUGGUCCUGGAUUAUGUCCAUUUGACAUUCGACAUCAGUUUACAAAACAUAAAUUAGUGGACAGAAGUUUUAGGAUAGUAUCCUACAAUAUAUUAGCAGAUACGUAUGCUGAUUCUGAUUUUUCCAAGGAUGUGUUGUAUCCAUAUUGUCCACAGUAUGCGUUAGAUAUGGAUUAUAGGAAGCAAUUAAUACUCAAAGAAAUAAUAGGAUUCAACAGUGACAUAAUUUGUCUCCAAGAAGUUGACAGGAGCAUGUAUGAGUAUGAUUUACUACCAUCCUUGUACAUGCUAAAUUACGAUGGCGUAUUUGUUACAAAAAAUGAAAUUAACGAAGGGCUCGCCACGUUUUUUAAUCAGGAAAGGUUCGAGAAAUUAGGAUUUGAGUACAGUGUAUUGGCUCAAAAUAUUGAUUUUCCGAGAUUCGCCACUAUUUGGUCCAAAAUUGACAACGACAAGGCGAAAGAGAGAUUUCUUGGUAGAAAUACAACUAUUCAGGUAACGACGUUGCGAUCUAAAGAGAACCAAUCUGAAAUCUUGAUUAUCGGUAAUACGCAUUUAUACUUUAAACCUGAUGCGGAUCACAUACGUUUGCUGCAAGGAUAUUACGCGAUUAUAUAUGUACACGAAGCGGCAAAAAAGAUACGAGAGGAGAAUCCCGAAUGUAAUGUAAGCGUAAUACUUUGCGGAGAUUUUAACAGCGUGCCAGAAUGCGGUAUUUAUCAGUUAAUGACUGAAAAUUACGUUCCGGAAACCUGUGAAGACUGGAAUAGUAAUCCUGCGGAAGCUAUCAAAAAUGUAUCUCUAAUGCAGGAUCUUUGCAUGUCCAGUGCCUGUGGCACGCCAGAAUAUACAAACUACACGCCAGAGUUUUCUGGUUGCUUGGAUUACAUAUUCUAUGAAAGAGAUAAAUUCGAAAUUGAGCAAAUAAUCCCGAUGCCUAGUAAGGAGGAACUUACUCUUCAUACGGGUUUGCCGUCCGUAGUGUUUCCUAGUGAUCAUAUAUCCUUGUGCGCGGAUUUGAAAUUGAAAGGAUAAUAAAUAUAUAGAUAUAUUGAAAUUAUUUAACACAUGACACUGUGCCUAGUACAAUAUCCUCACUUAUUGUUGGAUUAAAUCGGACUGCAUUUACGUAUGAAAUAUAUAUUAUAUAUAUGAAUUUAUAGCUUUCAAACGUAAAAAUUGUAUCAAAUGUAAAAUUUCUAGCGCUAUUAUUGAAACUUAUUUAUAAUCGAUAUGUCGCUAUUUCCUAAUUUUUGAUAUAUAAGUCUAUUUAACUGAAUUA